AUGAAAAGUAACAUUUCAAUUUUUAAAAGUUAAAAUGGUGGUAUUUUUAUGUGGUAUGGAAGUUCUGAGUGGUAUAAUGUUAAAAGUUAAAUUUAGGCCUUAUAUAUGUAAAUACAUAGGAAUUGGGUGGUAUGCAUGCAAAUGCCCCUUUUUCGUUUAUGCAAGAGAAAAUUGUCAAAAGUGGUCCCUUGACUCUCUGCAGAAUGUCAUUUUAGUCCCUAAGUUUAUAAAAGUGUUAGUUUAUUUUCUAGAUUCUCUUAAUAUAGGUUGAAAUAGUCUCCCCAGUGAAGACAAUUUUUUGCCCCCAUUACAAGAUUCUUAAGAACUCAUUUAGCAUUUUUAUAAACGUUGGGAUUAAAAUAAGCCCAUGUAAAUAGUUAGGGGAUUAUUUUGACACUUUACUUGUUUAUGCAAUUAACCUUUGGUUGGCUGGCUUGUGCAGCGAACAAAUUAAAACAGCUUGUUACCUCCUUCAAAGCAUCAGGUGGAAUUCAGUUAUCAGAACCUAAGAGUGUAGGCUGGCGGGUGCGGAACUCUUUUACUGAGGGAAGCCAACAAAAUUUUGUGUCUGCAUUUUGUCAAUCAAAUUGUGGAGAUGUGAGUCCAAAUGUUUUAGGAGCUUUCUGCAUUGACACCGGCUUACCUUGUGAUUUCAAUCACAGCACCUGCAAUGGAAAGAAUGAACUGUGUUAUGGACGUGGCCCUGGUUAUCCAGAUGAAUUUGAAAGUACUCGCAUCAUUGGUGAUAGGCAGCUCACUAAAGCUAUUGAACUCUUCAAUACUGCAUCUGAGAAAAUAAAGGGGAAAGUUGAGUUUCAACAUGCUUAUAUAGAUUUUUCACAGCUUGAGGUUAAUAUAUCCAGUGAUGGAGGGCAGCAAACGGUAAGAACUUGCCCUGCAGCUUUGGGAUUUGCUUUUGCUGCAGGUUGCUCGGAUGGUCCUGGAGCUUUUGAUUUUAAGCAGGGAGAUAAUCAGGGAAAUCCUUUCUGGAAACUGGUGGGGGGCUUGUUGAAGCCUCCAAGCAAAGAACAAGUUGAUUGUCAGAAUCCUAAACCAAUUUUGAUUGACACUGGUGAAAUGAAACUACCCUAUGAUUGGGCGCCCUCUAUUCUUCCAAUUCAGAUCCUUCGUGUGGGCCAAGUUGUCAUCCUCUGUGUUCCUGGAGAGUUUACAACCAUGGCUGGAAGGCGACUCCGAGAUGCGGUAAAAGAAGUACUCACCGGUGGUGGGGAGUUUGACAACAAUGUUCACAUAGUGAUUGCUGGCUUGACAAACACAUACUCCCAAUAUGUGACCACGUUUGAGGAGUAUCAGAUACAAAGAUAUGAGGGUGCUUCCACCUUAUACGGCCCACACACCCUGAACGCCUACAUUCAAGAGUUCAGAAAGCUCGCCGCCGCUCUCCUCUCCGGCAAAAACCUCCCUCCAGGCCCUCAACCUCCGGAUCUCCUCGACAAGCAGAUAAGCCUUCUCCCUCCCGUCGUCGUUGAUUCAGCUCCGGCCGGUCGCCAUUUCGGCGACAUAAGCGGCGACGUGCCGGCAAACUCCACUUUCAAACGCGGAGACGUCGUUGCGGCCACGUUCUGGUCCGCUUGCCCUCGAAACGAUCUCUUCACGAAUGGAACCUUUGCCCUAAUUGAGUUCUUGGAUUCAAACCAGAACUGGAUUCCUGCUUAUGAUGAUGAUGAUUUCUGCUUGCGGUUCAAGUGGUCGAGACCUUCGAAACUCAGCGCUCAGAGCCAGGCGACUUUGGAAUGGAGAAUUCCUCAGGAUUCGUUGCCAGGAGUUUACAGAUUCAGACAUUUUGGAGCUUCCAAGAGCUUGCUGGGUUCGAUCGGCUAUUUCACCGGUUCUUCAACUGCCUUUGUUGUGGCAUAAUAAGUGCUUUUACAUACAUACCGCCAAAUCUUAUGUAUUUAUAUAUCUAAGGUGGGGGUUAAUAUGUAAAAAUUGGAACUUAAGUGUUAGUUAUGUAACUGCUUGGGAAUUUAGUGGUAUGUAUGUAAAUCUUCCUAGUAAAUAAUGAUGUGUUUUGUUCUGGUUGAGAUGCGGGUCUCGAGGAGUAAAAUUGUAUCAGGACUUUAGUCACAAUAUACCACGAGUACGGCCCGG